AGAAUGAAUGGUUUAUAAUAAGACGUCUAUUGCUAGAAAUAAACAGUGUCGAUUCCACUGUGAAUAAAUAUCAAUUUAUUUAAAAAUGGAGAAAAGCGGGGAAACUCAAGUGACUAUUAAGAAGCCGGGCCGAAUUCUGCACUUCAGCGAUGGGGUUGAAGAAGAAAUAGAGGAAGAAGUGGCCACGGAAUUAGCGACUGAACCUCAAGAAACAAAUGUGGAUCCGAAAACGUUAUCAUGGGGCCCUUGGUUUUCGCACUACGCAUGGAAGUCCGGCAACAAGGUACUGAACGCAGUAGAUUAUGCAGGGGAAUCACUGGCUGGUUUCUUUGGCAUAACUACUCCAAAGUACCAAAUAGAAAUAGAUGAAUAUGAACGAAUGAAAGAAGAAAAGAGGAAAUUGGAUGAAGACGCGGCUGGUUGGGUGCCGAAGAAUGGAGGCGGGGACAUACCUUUAGUACUUAACGAACCUAUCAAGGUUCUUGAUAAGCCUGCAGAAGUUUAAUGGCAUUAAUUUAAUAUAUAAAAUUUAUUUCCCUCCAAUCUUUACAUGACUAGUCUAUUCCUGAUUAAACAGACUAGUAUUUCUUGUAAUCGAGACCAACUUUUAACUAUGCACUUCAAUAUGUUGUGAAAUUAUUGCAGUAUUUUGCUUAGAAUGGCUUAAUGAAUCUUUGUAGGUGUGUAUGUCUCACAUAUUUAAUCUGUGAACAUAAGUUUUUUGGAAAAAUUCUAAAUGUUAGUAUAAUAGGGUUUUAUAGAAUUUUUAUGCAAUUGAAAACAAGGCUGGAAACUGGUUUUACAGGUCAAUCCUCAAAGUUAAGUCAAGAGACAUAUUGACAUAUAAAUGAUUUUAUUUAUGUGUAUUAUUUACCAAAUUGUAUUCUUGAUUUUCAACUGAUUGGUAAAAAUGGGUAUUUUAAUGUCUAACAAUUGUAUGAGCAUUUCUAACAUAGAAUUAAAGUAAAAAUAAAAGUAGUGUGCUAAUGUAAUUCGCAUAAUAUUAAUUAUUAUUGUAUAGCAAGGAACUGAAAGGAUAAGAGCUUUAUUUUAUUGUAUGUUAUAUAUAUUGUUAAGAAUGUUUUAUUAAAUAAUAUAAUUUAUUUUAUUUUAAACAUUAGUUGAAAAUGUUCUGUAUAAAUUGUAUUUUUAGUAAUUUGACUGGCUUAAAGCUGUAUUUUAUUAUUGGGAUCCACAUCCAUUUCGUGUGGGUUUCCCUUUGAAGGCUGUUAACAUUUCUAAUGAUGUAUUUUGCCGAAAUCUUUAAUUUAUACCAUCUGUUUCUGCUGCUUACAUAUCUCCGUUAAUAAGUCCGAAUAUGUCGUCGGUAAAAUUAGCACUUAAUGAAUUUUACGAAUGAGACUAAAAUGUGGUACGACUAAUGUUUGAUAUAUGAUGUAGAAUUAAAUAUACAUUUCAUAGAAACUA